AUGAAUGACCAGCAACAGCCUGGCCUUCCAGUUCCAGGCACUAUGAAUGAGACGCCACCCGUCGCAGUGACGCCGGGCGAAGAUGGCAGCGAAUUUUACAACACGCCCUUCGACGCAGGGACGCCGUUGAAUAAAGAUGAAAACAAAGAAGACAUCGCAAAAGAUUCUACUAUUACGGAAUCAAAUACCUCUCAGACAGCUCCACUAAUUCCAGGAUUAAAUCUCGUCAAUGUCAGCCUUCACGAUGUGCAGUCGAAUAGCAAACCGAAUUCGGCGCAGGGCACGGAGGGGGACACCAAUAUGUCGGAAGGAAACGAAAUCGCGAAUGCAAAGCCUGAGAUUCGGCAUGUAGCUGCACAAGAUGCGACAGAGCCGACACAAGUGAACCAGGCGGAACCAGCACCUCAAGCCGGGGAAGCGAUGGAGGUGGACGAGAAGGACGUACAGCAGAAGCAAGGCGGCGUUACAAACGAACAAUUAAAUGCAAACGCCUCUAGCAGAACCCCUGUGCAUGCCACAGAACUUGCGCCCGCUACCGAAAUCGCUCAAAAGGAAGAUGAUGAACACCCCGAAUGGGAGGUAGACUCGUCUCCGUACGAAUCAUCUUCGGACGAUACGACAGAUUCCUCCGAAGACGACAGCGACGAUGACGAAGAUUACCCUAUCCUCAGCCCCGAAGAACAAGCAAGGAUCCUGAUGCAGGCAGAACUCGGCUCUGACGAUGAAGGGGAAGGGAAAGGCAAAUCAGGAAGCCAUAUCAAGACGGCAAACGAAAUUUUAGAGGAGGCACCGCCGAUUCCCGAUGUUAUAGUCACACCUGAGAUGAAGGUUGUGCACCUAGGCCAUAUCCAGACCAUCGUCGAGAACAAUGCUCUCAUCGAGGCCAACGUCUCAGGUGAAUACCAGGUACUCGAGGGCGGCUCAUUAUUGUGCGACGAACAACGGAAAGUCGUUGGUGUGGUUUGCGAAACCCUGGGUAGGGUUGAGAAUCCUUUGUACACAGUCCGCUAUGAGAGUGUUGCCGUCAUGGAGGAGCGCGGAAUUUCCAAAGGGCAAAACAUCUACUACGUCGAGCCACACUCUUCAUUCGUCUUUACCCAGCCUCUCAAGGGCAUGAAGGGAAGCGACGCCUCCAACUUCCACGACGAAGAAAUUGCGGAGGACGAAGUCGAAUUUUCGGACGACGAAGCAGAGGCCGAAUACAAACGGAAACUCAAGCAGAAACGGCAGGAGAAGAAAGAAGCCCGGCACGGCGAUGGCGGACCGGCAAGAGGUAGAAGAGGCCCGCCGGGCCCUUCAAAGCUUAACCAGACCGAGCUGAACUAUGACGAUGAUGCUGGCGAAGAUGGCUACACCCCGCUUGCUCGCCCCAAGAACCUUCACGAGUUCAUGGGUCAAGGAGAGGCGCCAGUCGAGGGUGACGGGCCAUCCGCAAGAGGGUCAGGCUUCCGUGGCGGCAGAGGUCGAGGCAGAGGUUCUGAUCGUGGCCGUGGUGGUCGCGGCAGGGGUGGACCGCGCGACCAGCAUCAUGACCGUCGGCCUUAUCCUCAUGAAUCCCAGCCCCAGUCCCAGCCUCAGCAGCAACCUCAACCUCAACAACCCUACAUCCAGGCCCCCUUCCAAUCAAACCAGCAGCCCGCAUUCGGAAUGCCCCAACAAUAUCCCGGGUUCACCUUCUCGCAGCAACAACAGCCCUACCCCCAGGCCCAAUCAUCGACACCAUUCCAGCUCCAGAUGCAGUACAUGCAGAGCUUCCAGCAGCAAGCAAACCCCUAUCAGCAGACGGCACAGAUGCCGCAAAUGCCUUCGAAUUCGCAAUUCAAUCCACAACUGGUCCUAGCUGCCUUGCAGCAGCAACAGGCACAGCAGCAACAAUAUCAACAACAGUAUCAACAGGCACAAGCUCAACAACAGCCCCUGUCCCAGCAGGUGCCGGGACCCCUGGGUCAACCACCAACAAUAAAUUUCGACCAGGUCAGGGCGCAAUUGAAUCUCUUACAGCAAUGGGGUAAUGGGAAUCAAGGGCCUCCUCGUCCUCCGCAGUAG